AUGCAUAUCACUAGAUCGAAAAGUGAUGGGCAUCUGUUUAAAUUCUUAAAGCAUAAGCAUCCCAAGAAAAAUAAAUCCAAGAUCAAAAACAAUUCAUCGCCAAAUGGUAUGGAUAAUAAUGCCAAUGAUGACUCACUUUUGGAUAAUAAUGGGCCUGCCACAUUAAAUGAAGAACGAUUGAAAGAAUUACAAAGAAGACAUUCUACUAGUUCUAAGAGGAAAAAAAGAAAGCAAAACGUGUCAAUUAGGCCUUCUACAAGUAGUAGUAGAAGUAGGACUAGAAGUAGAAGUAGAAGUAGAUCUAAUGUGCAAGACUCAAGUUUUUCUAAGGAAAGUAUUCAAAAAGAUGCCACGAAAUCUACAUCGUUUGAUUUACCAGAGAUAUCAUCGGUUUAUAAUUCAUCUUUAAAAAGAAGGUCUUUACAAAACUCUACGCAAGGUUUAGAUAAAUUCUUAAAUAAGCAUACUAGAGAAAAGCCAUCAGAAAAGCUAACUUUAAUGAAUACUAAUACAAGUAAUACUUUAGGUGUUUCUAACAUUCUAGUGUCUUUGGAUGAUCAUUCAGAUUUAAAUGUCUCAGAUACAAAAAGUAAAGAUAAUUCCACAAUAAUGGCAAAGGACAAUUCAAGUACUAUUGUUAAGGAUGGAGCUAUUAUAGAUAAACGUCAUACUAGUAUGUUAUUGACUCAAAUGACAAAGACAACCACAUUAAAAAGUAUAUCCACUUUAAAUAAUUUGAAUUCAAAUGGCAACACAACCGUAAAUCAUGAAGAGCAUACUGAAGAUCAUUCAGGUAUCAUGAAUACAUUAAUGUCAAUUACUCAUAAUGCUACCUCGCAUUUACCAAAAAUUAUAGUAAGAAAUUUUGAUAAUUCAAAUCAAUUGGAUGAUACCUUUGAUUUCGAAACAAAUUCUAUCAAAGGUAAUGUUAACGAUAAUGAUAAUGAUAAACAUAAUGAUAAUGAUAAUGAUUCCAAAAACAAUAUGCAACCAAUUGAAAGUAAUAAAAAAGAUAUGGGAGAUUUAAAAGAUAUCCAAAAUGAUUUACAACAUGAAACUGUUAUACAUUCAUCUUUGAAUGUCAUUAGUAGAAGCAAUUCGUUCUUAAGGCAUUUGGAUUUCUUAUUAUCUACACCAGCUUCAAAUGGGAGCUCAAAAUUAAAAGAACAAAAUUUAUUAAUUGAUACAAAUUUAAAAGAUACCACGACUACCACUACUACUGCUACUCCAAAGGCAAACACUAUAGGUAAAGAGUCCACAACAAGUAAGAUAAAAUUUGAAUCAAUUAAAGACAAUUCGAAUAAUGAUACAGAGAUUACUGUAAAUGAUGAUAUUGUUAUUACUCCAAUUGAAGAUCCUCCAAGUUUCUCCACAUUUGGUAAGGGAAACUUAUCUUUACAGGAUUUAUCAGUAGAUACAGAAUAUCAACACGCAAAUAUACGUUUACCUUCGUUAAUGAAUGAUCACGAUCAAGUACAUCCAAAUAGUGCAUUAAACAGUAAUAAUAAUUCAAAUAGAAAUAGUUUGAUUAAUGCUAAUACUGCUAAUUUAAAAUCAAGAAUGAAUUCAAAUCAAAAUGCUACAACUAUUCCAAAUUCUAAGAUUCGUCAUUCAUUUGAAGAUGUACAAUCAAAAAGAUUUUCUGGUUCAUCAUUUUCUAGAUUUAAAGGUAUUAAUGAAGAAAAUUGUUUACCUUCUAAAAUAAGUUCUAAUAAUCAAAUGGUUGUUUCAAAUUCAAAUCCAGAUUUAAAGAAACCUAAAUUAAGACCUUUGUCAAGAUCAGCAGUAUCAGAAACUAAUCUUGUCGAAUUUAGAUCUCGAAGCAAGACUGUACCAGCAAAUUCUUCUAAAAGAGAAUCAAAUUUUUCCGAACCAAAUUUAAUACCAAAUUUAAAUAUCACAAAUGAUAUUUCUUCUGAAAUUUCAUCUUUAUAUCAUUCAGAUAAUGAAGAUGAACAAAUUCAAUUUAAUAUUAGAAAUAAAAAAAAUUUAACAAAAAGAUACAAUACUUUCGAUACAAAGAGAACUGUUCCAAUAAAUCCAAAUACAAAACGAUAUUCCUCUUAUUCUAAUGAAGAAGAUCUAUAUAAAAAUUCUUCUCCAAGUAAUUCAAUACAAAAUCUAACGUCAUUAAAUAACGGUAAUGCUACAGAUGCUCUAAUGAUGGAUGAAAGAAAAUCAAGAAGAUCAUCCAAAAAUUUUUUAAUGCCAAGAUCUUUAUCGCCAAGUACAUCAUUGAGUGUUAAAAAUUUACAUUCAUUUGGUUUAGCUAAAUCAAAACAAUUAUAUAAUAAUCCUUUACAUUUAAAUCCAAACACUAAUUCUAACUCAUUGCCUAUUAAUGAUGAUUCUUCCAGACCUAAAAUUAGUACAUCUUUAUCAAAUACAAUGGAUCCUGCUUUGAAUAUUCCAUUAUGUGAUGGGAAUGUUAAAUUUAAAAACAUUGAUUAUGCUUCUGAGAAAAAGAAUUCAUCUUUCCAUUCUUUUUUUAAAAAUAUUAACGGUAUCUCACCUGAUGAAAAAUUAAUAAUCGAUAUUACAUGUGCUUUGUCCCGUGAUAUUUUACAACAAGGGAAAAUGUAUAUUACUGAUCGAAAUAUUUGUUUUAAUGCAAAUAUCUUGGGUUGGGUUAGUACUAUUGUGAUCCCAUUUACUGAUAUUGUUCAAAUUAAAAAGAAAAUGACUGCUGGUAUUUUCCCAAAUGCAAUUGUAAUUGAUACCUUAGAAACUAAAUAUGUUUUUGCCUCCUUCAUUUCAAGAGAUUCUGUUUUCGAUUUAAUUACAGAUGUUUGGAAUCAAAUUAUCUUAGGUAGAAGACGCUCGAACUUAUCAUCAGCAAGACAUCAUGAAGGUAAUGAUAUUGAUAGUAAAAUGUCUGUGGAUUCUUAUGAUUCCGAUAGUGACUAUUCAAGUGAAAAUGAUUAUUCAACUGAUACUGAUACCGAUCUUGAAAAUUCUGAUGAUAAAUUGAAUAAAACAAAUAAUAACUUGGAAGACAGAAAUGAAUUAUCAAAUCUAAAUUCUGAUGAUGAUGGUUAUAAUGAAGAUGAUAGUGAUGUGGAAAUUGAAACUGAUAUGACUUCCAGUGACAUCGAUGAUGAGAAACCAAAUGUAUCUACUUUAAACCACUCUAAUAAUGGUAACAGUUCUAAAAGUCGUUCCAAUUCAGCAACUACUAAGACUAAGGAUGAUACUAGUAAUUAUGGUCCAAUAAAACAUUCUCCAACUACUCAUCCAUAUAAACCAACACCAAAUGACAGGCAAGUUAUUAACGCAACUUUCAAUUAUCCAAUGGGCAUUGUAUCAAAUAUGAUUCUUGGUGAUAACGUCGACUAUUAUCAUGAGAUAUUGAAUGAUCAAAAAAAUUUUGACUUUUCUACUAUUCCAAAAAUCAUUAUUUCUAAAAAUCGUGAUUUUUCAUAUGUUAAACCAUUAUCAGUUCCUAUGGGUCCAAGUAAGACGAAUUGUUUGAUUAAUGAAGUAUUGGAUCAUUAUGAUUUAUCAGAUUAUAUUCAAAUGACUCAAAUUUCAAAAACUCCAGAUGUUCCAUCAGGUAACGCAUUUUACGUCAAGUCGAGAUAUUUAUUUACUUGGGGUCCAAAUAAUACAACUAAAUUAGAAGCAUAUUCCACUGUGGAAUGGACUGGUAAGAGUUGGUUGAAGAGUGCAAUUGAAAAGGGUACCUACGAAGGUGUUAAGGAAACUGGUCAAGAGACAGUUAAAAGUAUGGAAAGAAUUUUAAAAACCGCAUCUAAAUCCUCCACUGGUAACUCAAAAAACUCGACAUCCAAAGCUGCAACUUCAAGACCAAGGAAAUCUAAAUCAGUUUCAAAAGAAUCAAAAAGGGAAUCAGAUAAUACUUUUAAUGGAUUGCCAUGUAUGGAGCCAAAAACACAUUUACCCACUGAACACUCGUACCAGAAAGAAAAAGAUGACACUAUUAUUGAAGAAAAUGUUAAUAUUAACGCUCCUUUGGGCACUGUUUUCCAAAUUCUUUACGGUAAAGAUACUUCUUAUUAUACUAAUAUUCUAAAAGCUCAAGGCAAUUUAAAGAUUUCUAAAAUUGAACCCUUUUCAGAUAAAAAUAAUAAUAUGAGAGAAUAUUCUUAUAUUAAGCCUUUGUCAAAUUCAUUAGGUCCAAAACAAACUACUUGUUCCAUUACCGAGAAAUUAGAACACAUGGAUCUCAAUAAGUAUAUUAGGGUUAGAACAAUUGUGAAAACUCCGGAUGUCCCUUCCGGUAACAAUUUUUCCAUUCACGUGAAAACAUUACUUACAUGGGGUCCAAACAAUACUACAAAUCUGGACAUGUACACUAGUGUUAUCUGGACGGGCAGAUCUUUCUUAAAGAGUGCUAUCGAAAGAGGGUCGAUUGAUGGUCAAAAGGAAUCUGCAAAAAUUCUGUUAAAGGAAUUAAAGUCGAUAAUUGCAACUGCAAAAGUUACAAAGCCAGUCGCAGCCUCACAAAGGAAGAAGAAUAAGUCCUCUUCGAGAAGUGUUGAGCCAACACCUCAACCUCAAGUAUUACCAGUAUCGGAAGAUAUUUCUUCUCAAAUGGGCCUUGAAUCCUCCAAUGUAGAAUCAUCACAAGCCCCUACAUCUUCCAAUUCAUCAUUCUUAACACCAAUUAUAGACAAUUUAUUUGGAGACUUAGAUAUUUUUUCAAUUUCAGGUAUUCUCAAAAUUAUUUUAUCAGUUAUUACGUUUAUUUCACUUAUCAGGUAUUUUUUCGUUGGCAAGAAAAAUGAUUUUGAAAUUGUCAAGCCAGGAAGAAUGGUGAUGAAUGGUGUCGAAUAUAACUUUGUUCCUAAUGUCAAAACGUUAUAUCGUAUUUAUGAAGAAGAUGUUAGAAGAAGCGUGAAAUCAAACUAUGAUGGCCAUAAUUUAAUUGAAGAAACAGAAGGUGGCAUUUGGGAAUGGAUACAUGAUCGUGGUUACGGUGGAUAUGAACCUUUUACGGAGAAGGAAAUAGACAGAAAAAAUUCUACUCAAGGAAGAAUUGUUGGCCAAAACGCCUUACAGCAUUACAAGAUUAAAAAGCACAAGUACCAGCAAUUGAAAGAAUCCAUACGAAUUGCAGAACUACAAUUAGAUGAAUUAAAAGAGAAACUUUCACAACUCGAAUAA